GUUCCUUCAGCCUUAAGUUUGGCUUUUUUUACGAUCAAGCUACUAUACUCUGUCUUUCUGUUUGACUACUUCCAUCAACAUUACGACCACGAGCGCAACAACAACGACGACAAUUGAAAAAACAAGUACGACCACCAAAAUGUCAUCCACCUCUGGUUCAACUAGUCCGUCAUCUGCCAAGCGAACCGCAGUGCUUAUGACUGGCGGUUCCGGCGUUUUGGGUACUGAUCUCCGACAGCAUUUUGGAAAGGCGAGAUUGCUUUCGCAUGUGGAAGUCGUAGCACCUUCGUCAGGAGAUUUCAAUGUAGCGGACUUGACGCAGAUGGAGACCUAUUUGGACAGAUGGUGCAAGGAAAACAAUGCGAGCACUGGAGGAGGCGGCACGUCAAGUUCAAGUGGUAGAGCAAGCAGCGCUAGUAGCAGUACAGCACGACGUGCUAGAGCAAGCAUGAGCGAUUUCUUGGCAGAGACGCCUAGUCCCAGCCAAAAAGGAGGUUCUCCUGACGACGAAGAGAUGAUAGAACCUGCGCAGAGAGCUGAAGCGGUUAAGACUAAAUCGAUUGCAGUGCUCGCGCUGCAUUUCCACCGUCAGUGCAUCAUUCACCUACUUCAUAUCGUGAAAAUCAAAAUCAAACUUAAAGAAACAUCAAUAAGUUUGAAGUUGAAUUUCAUCAUCUAAUAUCACUUGCUUCUAAACAACACAGACGGAAACGACUGACGACAAUCGUGCACCUUGCAGCCUACGUAUCUACAGUGAGAAUGAACGAGGCAGCAGAGAUAACCAAGGGCAUCGAUACGAACGUCAUCGGAACCAGUAACGUCUGCAAGCUGGCCCUAAAGCACAACUUACAAGUUGUCUACAUUUAUGGAAGAUAGACAAAGCACAACUUACAAGUUGUCUACAUUUAUGGAAGAUGGACAAAGCACAACUUACAAGUUGUCUACAUUUAUGGAAGAUAGACAAAGCACAUCAACUUACAAGUUGUCUACAUUUAUGGAAGAUGGACAUGGGAAGAUUAGCAGAGUUGCAUAGUUGCAUUUAGUAUUUGGAUUACGCUGAGAGCAUCGACAUUGUCGGGGCCGCCAGUAUGUAGAGAGGCAGGCAUUAGUUGCUGUGAUUGCAGGCAUUGUUACAGUCCACCAACAGCCACCGUCACCGCAUCGAUCAUGAUCAGUGACAUCGUAACCACUACCGCCAAUUCCUACCGCCAUCUUUCAUUCCACCUCCACCGAUUACGUUUUUGAUGGCAAGAAAGCUGGCGGCUUGUACACCGAAAGUGAUCCGACUCGACCGCUGAAUAAUUACGGAUGGUCGAAGUUGGGUGGCGAAUGCGUCGUACAGAUGGUUCCUAGACAUUUGAUAAUUCGGUGUCCGUUUUUAUGGUGGAGGAAUAUUAGGAAAACAUUUAGACAAGGAGUUGACCUUGAAGAUAGAUGGUAAGGGGGAUCACGUUGAGAUUGCCGGUGCUCGGACGAGUAAGUAUGCAAAUGCAGUUACAUUAUCUUCAAUUCCAUUCUUAUCAUGCACGUGCUGCACAUCACGCUCUCGUAGAAGGAGAAACUAUCCAGUACUAACUUCGUCUCGUCAACACGUUGUUCGUUCUAAUCUUCGGCCCCAACGUGUUCCCGUACCCGAAAGCCUUCGUUGAUCAAUAUACAUCGCGGCAGCCGGUCCGGGUUGCUUCGCGGGACGUAGCAAAACUUUUGGAACUAGUCUUGUCAGAAAAACUUCCAAACCUGAAUGGCAUCGUACACGUAGCUGGAGACCGAAAAACCGUCUAUGAAUACGCCUGUGAGGAUGCCUUAAGGCUGCUGGUGAUCAUCUCAACAAGCAGUAUCUAUCAACUUCUUGAUUUUGUUCCAUGAUCAAGAUCCACAAGCGACGUCUCUUUUUCUAAGAACUAGAAUAAUUUUUGCAUGUUGACUGAAGAUAUUACGGAUAUUUAUCCCUCAUACAUAAUAUUCUUGGCUCCUUUCGACCAAGAAGCAAUGCUUCCCCAUCUAACUCUAGGAGCCAAGGACGUUGUAGGCAAGCUCAAACUCGAGGACGUCUCGGAUAUGGUUUCUCUAGCGCAAGACUGUAGCUUAGAUUGCAGCAGAUUCAAAGAUAUUUUAUGGCGGCAAAGGGCAGCGUGGUUGGAUCCUCAACAAUCACCGAGGACUGAUCAUGGAGUUGCAUGAUCUUGAGCACACCGUGGUUGGAUCCUCAACAGUCACCGAGGACUGAUCAGGAGGGAGUUGCGUGAUCAGAAUUUAAUAGAUGACCCAGACGCGAACAACUUUUAGAAUUAGAGAUAAGACGAUGCAGUUUCAGGUAGAGAUAGACUGUCAGAUUUGAAGUUGAAGAUUAGUAGGGCUAGGGAACUAUAAUUUUGAUUCUAACUACUUGUG